AUGGAUUCAUCCAACAUUCACAGCAUCAUGGCCUCGCCAAAAGCUCAGUUUCUCAUCGGGCCCAACAAGAACGAGUUCAAUAUCCACAGCGAACUCGUUGCGGUCCAGUCUUCCUCUCUUGCAAACAUCAUUAGGCAGCAAAAGGGUCGAUUCGACGGCAGACCAAUUCUUUGGAAACAUGUCGACGUCGACACCUUCAUUCGCUUCUGCGCGUUUGCCUUCACUGGAGACUACAAUGGUGUCGAGCCUAGUCUCAGGCAAAUCCCAGCCAUGGUUUCCCAGCCUCGUCUUCUGCGCAAGACAAUGAAGCUUCGCCUGACAAACCACAGAAGAACUCCAAUGGGCGUGUAUAACGGCUUCUGCUGGGAGAGGUUCAAGGAGCGAUAUUCAGGACACGAGUUCAGCCCGGAUGACGCUGUCGACAGUCGAACUCACACGUGCGCGGAAGUCUUCCUUUGCCACGCUCGCGUCUUCAUUUUCGCCGACCGAUACAAGAUUAACAAGCUGCGGGACCUCGCAAUUCGAAAACUUUGGAUCGCGAUGGUCAACAUUACCUUUACAGGCAAUGCGAUCCCCGACAUCACCCAGCUUGUAAAGUACAUCUACAACCACACCACCAGCGAGAAUCCCGCUGGCAAGGAGAUCCGAGCUCUGGUUAGGCGUUACUGCAUCAUUAGGCUGGAUAGAAUGUGCGAUCACGCCGAGUUUCGGGAUUUUGCCAAAAAUUCUGAGCUGCUUAACGCGAUCACCUGA